GCUAUUGUGCACAAGUAUAACGCAUGCUUGAUGCUGUUGUGUUUUUUAACUUGUUUCCGGCUUGAUCAGCUGACUUCUGUAUCAAGACUGCAGCCUCAUUUGUAUCAAGAAGUAACGCUCAUUUAAGCCGGAUGGUCUCUUUUAUUGGAGGGCACGGUUGAAGUACUGAUUGCUACUUAUCGGCUGGUUGCAGUGUAAGGCAGCCAUUCCUCUUGGCAUGAUGCUGGUGUUGCAGUAUCUUCUGCUACUGCUUGUUGCUGUCUCAUUGGGACAAAGUGCUAUAUUGAAUAAGGUUCAGCCCGAACAGGUUCAUCUUUCCUACACAGGUGAUCCCACAUCAAUGACUGUGACCUGGACAACCUUUGCCCUGGCUCCCUCUGUUGUGAAGUACAGUACUGUGCCUGGGCCACUCAAAAUUUCUGCUUAUGGUAAUGCCACCCAGUUUGUGGAUGGAGGAUGGAUGAAGAGGACUAUGUUCAUACAUAGGGUAACCCUGAAGAAUCUCACACCUGCACAGAGAUAUGUGUAUCGUUGUGGUAGUGAUUUUGGCUGGAGCCUUCAGUUCUCCUUCCGUGCCAUGCAGACUGGAUCUUUGUGGGGACCUCGUCUUGCUGUUUUUGGGGAUAUGGGGAAUGAGAAUGCUCAAUCUUUGUCACGUCUGCUGAAGGAAACACAGAUGGACAUGUAUGAUGUAAUAUUGCAUGUUGGAGAUUUUGCAUAUGACUUAGACAAGGAUAAUGCUGAAAUAGGAGACAAGUUUAUGCGCCAGAUUGAGUCAGUUGCAGGCUACAUUCCCUACAUGACUUGCCCAGGCAAUCAUGAACAGGCAUAUAACUUUUCCAAUUAUCGGAACCGUUUUUCAAUGCCAGGAAGCACAGAGGGGCUUUGGUAUAGUUGGGAUUUGGGCCCUGCUCAUAUAAUUUCUCUGUCCACUGAAGUAUAUUUCUUCAUUAAUUAUGGAAAGGAAUUGUUGGAUGAACAAUAUCGAUGGCUGCAGAAGGACCUUGAGGAGGCCAACAAACCUUCUAAACGAUCAGAGCACCCAUGGAUUAUUACAAUGGGCCAUCGUCCCAUGUACUGCUCCAAUUUUGACAUGGAUGAUUGUCUUCAGCACGAUUCUGUGGUCCGCAAAGGAAUAUUUGGAGGACAAUAUGGGCUAGAAGAUUUGUUCUAUAAAUAUGGUGUAGAUUUAGAGAUCUGGGCACAUGAGCAUUCCUAUGAACGUCUAUGGCCUGUCUAUAACUAUACAGUAUAUAAGGGAUCUCCUGAGGCUCCGUAUACUAAUCCCCCAGCACCUGUUCAUAUAAUCACAGGCUCUGCGGGAUGCAAUGAAAGACUAGACCCUUUCUUCCCUGUGCACCGAGAGUGGAGUGCACUUAGGAUUGAAGACUAUGGUUAUACAAGGAUCCACAUUACUAACAAGACACACAUACACCUCCAGCAAGUGUCCGAUGAUCAGAAUGGACAGAUAGUGGAUGAUUUUUGGCUCAUUAAGGACAAGCGCUAGGACCGAAACUAUCCUGCAUAUCCUCAGCAGGUAUCCACACACAAAGUAAUCUUACAGAAGCUUUGGAUAUAUGUUUUUUUUUGGUGACCUAUGUGCCUACCCUAUAUUUGGCAUAUAUUGUGUGUUUGUUUUGCGUUGUGAUUUUACCUGAAUAAUCCUGGGUCAUAUGAUUGUGUUCCAACUGAAUGCACAUAACAAUUUCCAUGUAAAUCAAUUGGUAAACUUCAAUUGGAUUUAUAUCUAAUCGGAUGGUAAAUAUAAAUUUGUAGAAUGCUUCUGCAAAGAAAAUCAAAACAACAGCACUGGUUAAAGUGAAAAAUCAAAAAAGGAAUCUUGUAUGGAACUACAGAUAGAUAAAUUGUAUGUUGUCCUUCUAAGGAAAGCAGGGCCCCUUUCCACUUGAGUGCCAAUGAUACAGAAUCAAGACCAUUUCAGCAAUUCUGUACUCAAUAAACAGGUUUAGUUUGUUUGUGCCCCAUAUCAAGAAAAUUACACCUACCAAAUAUAUGCAGGAACAAUAAACUAAAUGUAUUAAAGACACAAACACACAAAAAGUGUCAUACACAAAGUAUUUGUACCCUGUCAGUGCUGUUAGGCUCAUUUUGUUGCCCAGGGGUACCUUGUAAUUUAUACAUGCCUUUGCCUACUAACUUACAACAGUAUGACAUGAAAAGUCAUGUUUUUCCUUUAAAUGUUUCCAUUUUCAAAAAAAUAUAUGCUAAUACAUGAUUUUAAAUUCAUACCUAUGCUGUGAUGGCUAAUUAAAGGCAAGUUUUAUGAUUGAUUAUAUGUAACAUUUUAGGGCUGCAGCUGAAGGCCCAUAGCUCCAAUAGAACCCAGACAGAGUUCAAAGGCUAACCAGACUAUCCAAUGGCCAGAAAGCCAAGAGAUUGCAAAGUUGAAUUCAUGCCUUUAUUUACCAAUAUGCCCUGUAAUGUCUUUUUAGUGCUGUUACCUAGUAAUAGCAGUGGCUUUGGCACCAGGGCCCCUUUGUUUUGGAUUAAAUAAUGAGUGGGGGGAGACUGAUAGGGACAUCUGUUAACCUGGUCUUCUGUAAUUACCUUUCCCAUUUUACAAAAGACUCACAUAAAAUCACAUCCAUACCUGUAUAGACUGUUCUGCUCCCAGCUACAGACUAAUCCCCUAAUAUAAAAAAACGUGAAACAAAACAUUAUUUACUAGGAAAGCUGUUUUCCAUCAUUUUUAUCUAAAGUGUGCGGGGCACAGGCCACUUUUUUAUAUAAAUAUGGUGUAUGCACCUGUAGAACAUUGUACUAUGUUUGCUAACCCUGAUUUCAGCGGAUACAUGAAAAUGCUGCUCCAAAGAAAUUUUACCACAGUCAACAAUGUCUUGAGAAAUGCAUUGAAAAUAAAGAGGUGCAACUCAA